AUGAGAGGUGAAAUGAUUGAUUCAUGUGGCCAGUUAGACGAGUCUUAUAUAGUGUUUAAUCCAAGCUUAUCGACAGAACAAAUACAAUUUCUUGAAAAUCUCACAUCAAGAGAAUUGAAAAAGGAAUUUGACUUGUUCUUUAGGUUCUUUGAUUAUCGGCCUACUGGUAAUUUACUUCGAGAUAUCAAUCUGUUCAUGAAGAUAUUAGCAGAUGAAGAUUUUGAAACUCCAUCACCAAUAUUUGAUUCCAAAGAGGUUAGCAAACUGCAAAAGAAGCUUCAAUCCAGGUUACUUCGUUAUAUAUUUGAAUAUUAUGAUGGAGAUGGAUCUGGUGUAAUUGAAAGAGAUGAACUAUUAAGCUUCAUGCAAGACGUGCAGGAAGCUCUCUCAAAGAAUGGUGAUGAAGAUAUUUCGGAGGAAGACAUUUCAGAUUUAGUUGAUGAAAUGCUGCAUGAUUGUGAUGUUGAUGGUGACGGUAACAUUAGUUAUCAUGAAAUAUUGCCACAUUUACCAGCUUUAUUUGCACGAAUGAGGCACUAA